UUUUAUUAUGGAAACUUUUUUGGGGGGAGCAAAAUGUUUGAUAGUGGUGGUGCUGAAUGGCCAAAACAAACUUUAUAAAUAUAAUACAAAAUACCAUUUGGGGAAUCACAUUCAUAGCGUAAUCGGGGCUAAUCGACACGGGGGCGCGCGCGAGGCACCGGACCGCCCGAUGAGAGAAAAAAAAAGAGAACAGUGGCGCACGCUGCUGCGCGCUCCCGCCAGCACUUCUGCGCUCUUGCACUUUACGGUCCCGUCGAGUGAGAUGCCAAGCAGCCCGCAAGAUGACCAUCAACACCCUGGCUAGAGGAGGCUGGGACCGGGAACAAAUGGCAUGCUUUCAAAAGAUGGAGAAAGUGAUUGUGGCAAUGCAGGACCCCGACAUGGGCAUGAAGAUGAGAAACCAGAGGCUUCUUAUCACUGUCAUUCCACACGCCAUGACAGGCCGUGAUAUGAUUACCUGGUUGAUCCAGAAAUACUGCAUCUGUGAGGAAGAGGCACUGCACAUAAGUGGGAUGCUGGUGAGGUACGGGUACGUUUACCCUCUCAAAGAGCCGAGAUCUCUCGUAUUACGGCCCGACGAGUCACCCUACCGCUUCCAGACGCCGUACUUCUGGACGAGUACCCGGUGGCCCGCGUCAGAGCUGGACUAUGCAAUCUAUUUGGCUAAAAAGAACAUAAGAAAACAAGGAGAACUGAUGGAGUAUGAAAAGGAGAGGUACAGCGUGUUACACAAGAGGAUCAACCACACCUGGGACUUUGUUGUGAUGCAAGCCAGAGAGCAACUCCGAGCAUCCAAACAGAGGAGGAAGGCCGACCGUAUUGUUCUAGAAUGUCAGGAGCAGGCGUACUGGCUCAUCAACAGACCGCAGCCCGGGGCACAUAAUGUGUUGGACAUGGGUCUGGAGAGACCAAAUAACUUGAGCGCACGGGUUACACUGAACCAGAACAGUGAUUUCUACAAAAGUGAGAUUGAAACCUGCCGAAGGGCCCUGGGAAGAAACCGUGUCAAGUCAUCCAUCUGCCUAGAAAGCUUUGUGAAAUACAGCGAGCAGUACCAGAACCACGACCCCAUUAUGCAAGGCUGCCUUCCCAGUAACCCCUGGAUCUCCGACGACACCGCGCAUUGGACAAUGAAUUUACAAAUAGUUCCAAUACCGUCACGUCUAAGAGUGGAACGCUGGAGCUUCAGUUUCAUGGAGCUUCUCAACGACAUCAUGGGGAGGCGGGAGUUCAUGAUCUACCUGGAGAAAGAGUUCAGCGCGGAGAACCUGUGCUUCUGGCAGGCCUGCGAGGACAUCCGGCAUGGAGAAAGUUCCAGGAUCGUAGAGAAGGUGGAAGAGAUCUACAAGAACUUCCUGACUCCCGGAGCUGCUCGGUGGGUCAACGUGGACAGCAAGACGAUGGAUAAAACGCUAAAAGGGAUCAGACAUCCGCACCGAUUCGUCAUGGACGACGCGCAGAUGCACAUCUACUUUCUCAUGAAGAAGGACUCUUACCCAAGAUAUCUAAAGUCUGACCUGUAUAAGAACUUGCUGGCCAAAGCUAUUGUCCCCCAGGAGACAAAGAAAAGCGUGUUCCCCUUCAUGAGACGCCAGCGGCACUCCAGCCCCUCCCCGGCUCAGGGGGACGGACCAGCAGGGGCCGACUCUGCAGCCGGGCCCCAUGUCUGAUGUCCAGGAGGGCCCCAAAGAGACGCAAUCUCAGUCUCCGUCGUCUGUGUUGGUCGGCGUAGUUACCGGCCAAGGACUUUUUUUUCUCCUUUCAAGCCAAACUACCCGCAUCUUUUCUUUCCACCGCCGCGACAGAAGCAGACGCAGCGUGUCCUCGUCCCAGCUUCCUCCCACAGGACAGCAGCACCACAUCUUACUCCCAGAGCUCGAGCAGUGGAGGAAAAAGAGCUCCGAGUGCUGCACAAACAUUCUGCAUCUACAUCCCGCCUCAGUUUUGCUGUUGCUUUUGAAUUUCUAACAAAGGUCUCCCUCAUAGCCUUCGUAUAGAAUCUCCUCUGUCUUUCUUAAGCAGGUUUUUUUUUUUAGGAAAGUGGGAUAGUUUAUGGAGCAAUAGGAAUGUAAAUAUGUAUUUUGUCAAAACUUUGCCUCGGCAUGCGUGUGAUUAUCGUACCAUUUGGUGGUUUUGUUUCAUUCCAUGCUGGAAAUUGUUCGUUGUUACGGUGGUUGCUCUUCAUCUUGCUCGCGCGUGUUUUCAUUCCAAUAAAACAAAAUGUGUUUUGCUCUCA